CUGCGGUUUGUUUGCACUUCUUUCUCACCGAACAAAGGCAGAACAGGAUUAUGGCCUCCGUUACACCCCCUGUCGCUCACGCCUAUCCCCCUUCACCUGCCACCCCGUCCCAAAUCCGCAUCUUGACCCUUAACUGCUGGGGUCUCAAGUUCAUCGCCAAGUACCGCCACGAACGCCUCUCAGAGAUCGGUCGCCAACUGGCCCUUUCAGACCCCCCGCCGGAGAUUGUCGGACUGCAAGAAUGCUGGACGCAGAAGGACUACGAAAGCAUCCGCGACCAAACCUCGCAUAUCCUCCCCUACGGCAAGUUCUACUUCGGUGGAAUCUUCGGUGCAGGAUUGGCUAUCCUGUCCAAAUGGCCUAUUGAAGAGAGCAGCAUGGUUGCCUACCCCUUGAACGGGCGGCCAACUGCUUUCUUCCGGGGAGAUUGGUUUGUCGGAAAGGGCGUGGCCUGUGCAAGGAUCCGGUUCGGCCCAGGCGCGCAGGAUGUAGCCGAAGUAUUCUGUACGCAUCUCCAUGCUCCAUACGAGAAGGAACCGAACGACUCGUACAUCUGUCAUCGGACAGCACAGGCAUGGGAGAUCAGCAAGCUUAUGCGUGGCGCUGCGGAACGCGGGCACUUGGUUAUCGGAUUGGGGGAUUUCAACAUGAUCCCUUCUUCCUUCGCUCAUCAGUUGAUCCUGGCUCACAGUCCGGUCAAGGAUGCCUGGCAGUGUCUCCAUCCGGAUUCGUCACUGGGAGCUGCGAUCGAUACCGUUGAACAGAAACGAGGUCGUCCCAUGCCCACAGCAAGCUUUAAUAUCGUCGAAAACGGCACAACCUGUGACUCCGCAUUCAACACCUGGCGAUGGUCAAAGGCCCUGCAGAAGAAACUUGAUAAGGGUGAAAAUGUCACGAUUGCGGACGACGUGCCUGACCCUCGAGCCAAAAGGCUGGAUUAUAUCUUCGUCGGAGACGGGAGGAAUGCUUCCUUUCCUAAACCUAGAUGGGCUGUCUCCGAAGCGAGAAUGUCCAUGACACAACGACAUCCUACGCUCCAAUGUUCCCUGAGCGAUCAUUUCGCCGUGGAGGCACUUAUAACACGUGUCCCGGAUUCUACAGACGCACCGAGCGAAAAUAAUAAUACUAAUACUAAUACUAAUGAUAACAGCAACACCCCUCAAGAACCAUCCAUGCUGACCCCCCUCACCCCGGAUACCUACGAGCUCAUCCUUGACAUGAUCCACAAAUACGUCCAACGCGAACGCUCCCAACGACGCUGGCGUCUCGCCCAUUUCCUCCUCUCCGUUUUCGUCUCUAUCGGCUGUUUCAUCGGCGUCUGGUGGACAGGACACCAUCUGGCCUACGUCGCAUUUAUUCUGAUGAUCGUUAGCACGCUGAGUUUCGGGGCUGGCAUCCUGGAUGGAUUGAUCGGUGGGUUCUUCGUUUCGAGCGAGUUGAGGGCGCUCAAGGAGUUUGAGUGGGAGGUCAGGAAUGCAAAGAGGAUUGCGGAGGACUUUGCUGCUGUUGGGGUUAAGGAGAAGAUCACCGGUGUAUAAUAUAUGGUAAUAUCUUGGGUCAAUCCAUUGCUGGCAAUGGAGUUUUGGUUUCUGGUUUCAGGGAGUUUUUAUGGCUUGUGCAUAUGCAUUUUGGGGCUUGUCGUUAUAGAUAUAUGCAGCUCUACAGACUUUUUCUUCCCUCCUAUCUUGAAGGUUAAUAUUCCAUGGCACUUCAGAAUCUUACUAAGCAGGUAGACUCCGAGAUCAGCAACCCGUCGACCUGACACUCAAGACUGCCGUAGUACGCCCUCGCUUGCCC